AUGGCGCAGCUUCAGCCCUCGGAGAUUGAGCUAUUUGAAAGAUUGAGCUCAUAUCCCUUCAGCACGGACCGUGAAUUUGCAGUUGGGCUUUCCAUCAUCCUAGGCCACCCGGAAUCACCUGCGUCGGAAGAGGAAAUCAAUCGCAAUGAUGACCUUACCCUACAAGCUAAAUGCUUCUACUUCUCAAGGAAAGAAAAGCUCAUGCCCCCACUCGAGUUCUCAACAUACAAAGCAUGGAUAGAAUCAGCAUCAAAAUCCAAGUCCGCCGACCUUUCAUCACCAAGCCCAACAGUGAACGUUCCAAAUUCUAAAGAGGAGCCUGCAUAUCCUUCAUCCUUCGCUCAUAUAGUGGAACUCAUCACAACCGGUCAACCCAUUCCUGGAAUUCAGCAAAUUCCAGACACCGUCUUGACAGGCCAUGACACUCCAAGCGAGAAGUCAGAAAGGCGCAAACCAUGGGAAAAAGGAACAGCUAGUCAAUGACGGGAUUUUAGCUGCUCAGCGUUACACCCAGUGGCUGCAAUCGCCCGGGAUCUGGGGAUCUACGUUCUCGAUUAGAGGGCACUGGAGAAGUCCAGGGUUGUGGUCAGCAUGCAAAUAUUACUAUUCCUGCAAGCCGCAGAGUUGUGAAGGAUAACAAGCAUCGGACAAAUGAGUGG